AAAUUGUUUUUUCUUGAGAAAACAUUGAAAUAGUUCAAUCACCGUUCUUUAGUUCAUUGGUUCAAGUUCUCAGUCAAGCGAAUUCAGUGAAUUCAAAACUCAAAUCGAAUCAAAAUUUGGAAGUGAGAUUCGCGAUGGAGAGGCUUCAGCGAAUGUUCGCGGGUGCAGGUGGAGCGCUAGGUCACCCUCCCCCAGAUUCCCCAACUCUCGAUUCCUCCGAGCAGGUCUACAUCUCCUCUCUCGCGCUCCUCAAAAUGCUCAAGCACGGGAGGGCCGGGGUUCCCAUGGAGGUGAUGGGUUUGAUGCUGGGAGAGUUCGUGGACGAGUACACCGUUCGUGUCGUUGAUGUCUUCGCAAUGCCGCAGAGUGGCACUGGUGUUAGUGUUGAAGCCGUUGAUCAUGUUUUUCAGACUAAUAUGCUUGAUAUGCUCAAGCAAACUGGACGACCAGAGAUGGUUGUCGGCUGGUACCAUUCGCAUCCUGGUUUUGGCUGUUGGCUCUCUGGUGUUGACAUAAAUACGCAACAGAGUUUUGAGGCUUUGAAUCAGCGUGCAGUGGCUGUGGUUGUAGAUCCAAUACAAAGUGUUAAAGGCAAAGUGGUGAUUGAUGCUUUUCGAUUGAUCAAUCCACAGACUAUGAUGCUUGGUCAAGAACCAAGGCAGACAACAUCCAAUCUGGGACAUCUGAAUAAACCAUCCAUUCAAGCAUUGAUCCAUGGGUUGAACCGGCAUUACUACUCCAUAGCCAUUAACUACAGGAAAAAUGAACUUGAAGAGAAGAUGUUGCUUAAUCUCCAUAAGAAGAAAUGGACAGAUGGUUUGACACUUAGACAUUUUGAUACACAUUCCAAAACUAAUGAACAGACUGUACAGGAAAUGCUGAUCUUAGCUAUCAAAUAUAACAAGGCUGUUCAAGAGGAAGAUGAGCUGCCUCCAGAAAAGCUUGCAAUAGCUAAUGUGGGAAGACAGGAUGCAAAGAAGCACCUUGAAGAGCACGUCUCAAAUUUGAUGUCUUCCAACAUCGUUCAAACUCUCGGAAUGAUGCUUGAUACUGUUGUCUUCUAGAGUUGUUAUUUUGGACCUUCUGGUUUCUCUAGCAUGGUAAGGAUGCAAAUUGAGUUGUUAAAAUUCCUGUGUCCUAAUUCUUCUCAAACUAUAUUUGAAGACACUAGACAGAUAUAUUCUUUGGACGAGCUGAAAAGGUCAAGAAAGUAAAACUCAGCACGUAGUUUGUGUGGGUGUCUCCCUAAGUAUUACUUACUGGGUAUCCUUUAAUGUUUAUUGCCGGAUUUAUCUUCUAUAAAAUUGUGUGUCAAAACAAAAAUUUCAAUUAUGUUUUAAAAUACCAUAAGAAACAAUUAACAUUACGCAAACAUAUAUUGAAAUAUCAA